AUGGCACCACCACCUGUUCCUCCACCAAGGACAUACCCAACAGCCAAUAAACCAGAUGCAGCUGCAACAGCUGCAGCUACUGCUUCUGGACAACAGACACCUCCACCACAGCCAAAACAACUACCACCACAGCCACUGCCACAAAUACCAACACAGCCACAACAACAGCCACAAACACAGCCAUUCUCAUACUCCCCUCAACCACAACCACAACAAUCCAUUCAGCAGCAGCAGUAUCCUCCACAGCAAUAUCCUCCACAACAACAGCCAUAUCAAGGUGCAUAUGGCUAUCCACAGCAGCAACAACAAUCACAACAGCAGCAUUAUCAAUAUCCUCCACAACAACAUCAACAACUGUUGGCAACUAAAUGUUCAGUAGUAGAGUGUGGCUAUGGCGCCGAGCCGGGCUAUACCUCUUGCAAGAUACAUAUGGCUCAGCCAGCUUAUCCAGGCAGUCUACCUACAAUGCCAGCACAUGGAGCAAUGCCUGGAGCUGUACCAUAUGCAACAACAACAGGAGUAGUGGCAGCACAACCAGCAUCAGCAGUAGUAGUAGUAUCAGAUAGUAAAUCACACAAGAAGGACAAGAAAGAUAAAAAGAAAGAGAAGAAAGAGAAAGAGAAGAAGAAAGAGAAGAAGGAGGCCAGGAAGGAGACGCGAAACAAUAUCAUCGAAUCAAUAUUCGAAGCUGUAGUCGAUGUUGCCUUUGGUGGUGAUGAAUAA